CUUAUCAUUUCAAAACCUCAUGUUUUGCACUCACUUGAGUGGUUUUAAGAUCAAGUGUCACUGCCUGUAUUUAUGCAUCACAAAUAACAAUUGUUAUCAGUUAUUUAGGUGACGUCUUUGUUCAAGACAACUUAGUUGGUGUUCUAAGGUAUUUACAUUUACCCAAUUUAUAUAGCUGGGUUUAAUUACUUACAGUAUCAGUUCAAGGUAAGUACCUUGAUCAAUGGGUACUAGGGCAGGAAUAGGAUUCACACCUGCAACUUGCACAUUGAAGCAGUGGCUCCAACAUUACGCUGUUUGCUGCUCCUCCAUCAUCUUGCAAGUUCGCUGCCUCAUUUUUUAAAAAAGAACUGACAGGAAAGCUUGCUGUUGUGAUAGCUAUAGGACAUAAUUCUUGCAUUGUACAUCUCAUUUCCAUUGCUGUCUACGUCGUGCAUAUGUAUAUAGCAUUUUACAGGAGAAAUUACAGGGAGGAUACCAUCAUUGGACACAAUACAGCAGGAGUGGAACUCAAAGCACCAACCUUCAGCAAUGUUUGAGUUGCACCAAGCAGUGGCAUCUGAGAACUAUGACCUUGUGUUAGAACUGCUACAGUGUAAUAAAUGCAAUGUGAACGAGAAAGACUUCAAAUGGGAUUGCAGGACACCGCUCCACUGGGCCGCAGCCAGAGGACAGACAGAAAUGGUGAGGAUUCUGAUUGAGCACGGCGCCAGGCCCUGCCUCCGAAACAACUCGGGCUGGACCCCAGCCCACUUUGCCGCUGAGUCUGGGAGGCUGGAGGUACUGCACCUGCUGCACUCCCUUCACGCCCCCUUGCACAAGGAGGACUGCUGCGGAGACAAGCCGGUUAGGAUUGCGGAGAUCUAUGGACAUAAAGAGUGCGUCAACUUUCUGAAAAUAGCAGAAGCAGAGAGCAUGGAGUACCGGAAAAUGGCAAAAGAAAAAGGCAUCAAACUGGACGACACUGACGAGGAGUGGGAGGAGCAAAAAAAAGAAGUUGAACAAAACCAGAGGAAGCAAGACCAAAAAGAUGACACAGCUUCUGUCCCAAAAUAGUGAGUCAAACUGUAGUCACCGAAAGGGAGCAGCAGAACACCGGGGCCAAAACUUGACUGUGGAACUAAUGGCAAGAUUGCAAAAUAAACCGUGGAUAUUUUCAGUGGUUAUCCUUAAAAUCAAUCCUUACAGUUAUAACUGAGCAUUUUUUCACAUUUUAUUAAAGAAGGCAAAUAAAGACUUUAUCAUUACCAUAAAA